CAACAAUGAGAGAGCACGAUUCAAGACCACGCUGGUUAUCUCUGCAUGACCUGUGAAUUACUGAAGCUGGACCCAUAAAAACACACUGGAGACACACCAGGUACAUAUGUUUAGAAGGCUUUGAUUGGUGGAGAGUGGGACAAGGCAGGCAGCAGAAAUGUCGUCGUACGAAGAAUUGAUGAAGAAGAUUGCCAGUCUGCAGGCAGAGAAUACGCACCUGCGACAAUAUGUCCAUCACAAAUCUAGUCACAUGACCCAGUUAGAGCAAGAAUCCUCGAACAUGAAAGAUGUCUUGACACACCGCUCAGAUGACAAUUUAAGUUCAGUGCAAGAGGCGCCGUUCAAUCUAAGUUUAUCUCAGAAUAGAGGGUCCUCUUUCCUCAACCAGUCACAGCCGUCUGGUCUCACCCAAUCACAAUCUGCCAAUCUCAACCAGUCACAUGCCAGAGAUUCAUCCUUCCUGAACCAAUCACAUUCAAGAGAGCUGUCAUUCCUGAACCAAACACAGAACAGGGAUGCCUCUUUUCUCAACCAAUCACAGAGCAGAGAUCUUUCCUUUCUGAACCAAUCACAUCCUAGAGAUCUAUCUGUCCACCAUCCAUCACAAGCCAGGGACAUAUCUUUUCUCAACCAAUCGAACAAAAGAGACACUUCUUUUCUAAACCAAUCAUAUAACAGGGAAACUUCCUUUUUCAAUCAGUCACAAGUAAGAGAGCAAUCAUUCCUGCAAGAGGAGUCACAAAACCGGGAAGCAUCACUUCAUACCCAAUCACAACCACCAGUUCUCAACCAAUCACAAGCAAUCAAAAGAGAGGCAGCAUUCAUUGACCAAUCACAAGGUGCCUUAGUGCAGCAGCCACACAACAGAGAUGCCUCCAUAAACAACCAAUCAGGGUCUUCGUAUCAGGAGCAGUCACACAACCGGGAAUCCUCAUUUGUUGACAAUUCACACACCUCAUUUCUGGACCAGUCAUCACCCCCGUAUAACUUGGACCAAUCGGAUCCCUUGUUUCUUGACCAAUCACAAACUCAGGAAGGUCACGAAGGAGGAGCUGAAGAACUGGACCAGAACUCAAAUGCCACCGUUUUAAAUGACAGCACUCUCCAGCAUGCGGAGGUAAUAUUAGGUGGUCAGGAUUCGUUCAUGGAGAACGAGUUACGCAGUAUGGGCCUCGGACGACGUAGUGGUCAGAAACCCUCGGGCGGCGGGGUCAGUGCAGCCAGUCCGGGAAAGCGAAGAAAUGGCGACCGAGAGUUUUACUCCUUCAUGCAGGAGCUGGACCAGGAAAGAACUGCCAUAUUACAUGAUAUAGAGUCAGAAGACAAGCUCAGAAAAUGGUAUUACGAACAGCUGGAAGUCUUCACCAAGAAGAUAGAAAACCUGCCACUGACAGAAACAUACAAUCUUCAGGCAGACAUGAACCGCAGACAGCUGGAGUACGAGAUUCAGAAGUUACGAGAGUCGUUACAGGAGAAUUUGGGAUCUAGCGAAUCCAUAGCAACCAGACACGAGGCCAGACUCCAUAAAAUCCACAUGAUCGAGCGCGAAAUGUUGAGGCUGCAACAACGACACAGCCAGCUCCAGGAUCAGGAAGGUCCCAGCUCGGGAGCGUGUGAAGAGAUUGAGGUGGAGAGAGCGGUGGCAUUUGUGGAGGCAUGUACAAAUACCCCUACAGCUGGAGAGGCAUUCGUUCCCAAACCUGGGCAGGAAAAUUCAGCCUUCACAAGUGAUCGUGUAGUGAGCACUGCAGGUGAUGGCACCAGGGUUGUUUCCAUAGCAACGCAGACAUCGGAUGUGGUCAUCCCAGACUUUGAUGCUCUUCCAGACAUCCCUGUACCUCACAGCACAAAUAUGUCUGCACUUUUUCAUGGGGCGUGGCCCAUUCCUAAGGGACCAGCAGUAUUAAGCGACGGGAGCUUUGCAAACUUGGGACAGCAGGAGACGGCCAGUGUGAUGAGCUUCAACUCCAGCAACUCGCACGGAUCUGUCCAAUCAUCGCCUUCGCCUCCCAAGAAACCAUCCAAUCAGCAUCUAGGAACAAAGUAUCCAUGUUUUGUGGCCCCUCAGGUGGAGAUGGUGUACUCUCUGUUGUCCAUGCUGGGCACACAUGACAAAGAUGACAUGAGCAGGACACUGCUGGCCAUGUCCUCCUCACAGGAUAGCUGUAUAGCCAUGAGGCAGUCAGGCUGUAUGCCUUUACUGAUCCAGCUUCUACACGGCAGCGAUAAGGAAUCUGGUCUUCUGGGAAACACAAGGGGAAGUAAACCUGCACGAGCCAGAGCUGCUGCGGCACUACACAACAUCGUGCAUUCACAUCCAGACGACAAGCGAGGCAGGAGAGAGGCACGAGUGCUACGCCUACUAGAGCAGAUCCGUGCGCAUUGUGACCAGCUGAGGGACCUUUUUGACGCAGAGGCUUUGGAAGACAAAGCUAAUAAGUCUUCAGAUAUUGACCACCAUCCUGGUCCUGCCAUUGCCGCCCUGAUGAAGCUGUCAUUUGAUGAAGAACACAGACAUGCCAUUUGUACAUUGGGUGGGCUUCAGGCUAUAGCAGAGCUCCUAGAAGUGGACCAGAUGAUUCAUGAUAACACAACAGAGCAGUACAACAUCACGAUGCGACGCUACGCCUGCAUGGCACUCACAAAUCUUACCUUUGGUGACGGAACAAACAAGGCUUUGUUGUGCUCCAUGAAAACGUGCAUGGAGGCUCUGGUAGCUCAGCUUCAUUCUCCUAAUGAGGAUUUGUGUCAGGUGGCAGCAAGCGUUCUGAGGAAUUUGUCGUGGCGCGCCGAUCUGGCUAGUAAAAAGACGCUUCGGGAGGUGGGCGCCGUGACAACGCUGACAACGGCAGCUAUGGUCGUCAAGAAGGAGUCAACUUUGAAAAGCAUUCUUAGUGCCCUGUGGAAUCUGUCUGCACACUGCAGCGAAAACAAAGCUGACAUUUGCGCUGUUGAUGACGCCCUGGUUUUUUUGGUCAACACGCUGACUUACAAAAGCCCCUCGAAGACAUUAGCUAUAAUCGAGAACGGUGGCGGAAUUUUGAGAAAUGUUUCCAGCCAUAUCGCAAUCCGCGAGGAAUAUCGCCGAGUGCUUCGCCAACACGGCUGUCUACAAAUCCUCCUGAAACAUUUGCGCUCUCCAAGUUUGACAAUCGUGAGCAACGCGUGUGGAACUUUGUGGAACCUCAGUGCUCGUUGUCCUGAGGAUCAGCAAGCAUUAUGGGAUAUGGGCGCUGUGAGCAUGCUGAAAAACUUGCUUCAUUCGAAGCACAAAAUGAUUUCCAUGGGAAGUGCCGCUGCCUUGAAGAACCUUCUUGCAGCGCGACCUUCCAUGGGUGCCAUGGAUCCAAUGGACAAACACAAAACCAACAUGCCAUCGCUCCAUGCACGAAAACAGAGAGCCCUGGAGGCAGAAAUUGAUCAGAGUUUAUCUGAGACAUGUGAAAAUGUGGAUAGCCCACGUGACAGCCCAGUGGAUUUGAUUUCUAAAAAAGAAGAGCAAGACCCGAAGCGUUUUCUCUUCGGGAUGGACAACGGUGGAAUGUUUGCACCCCAUGGAGAAGGAGAGCCCAGACGCUCUCUUUUAAGAGGGCAGUUCUUCCCUAGGAGUGGCAGUGGGGACAGUUCGCCAUUAAUAGAGAACCGUUUACGUUCUCCACAAAGGGUUGCACGCUCUGGCAGUCAGGACAGUGUUGGAAGUGUUCAUUCUGACAUUUCACAUGAUCGAUCUCGUGUCCAGAACAUGCUGGCAAAAAGCUCCAAACUUCUUCAUGAGCGUCAGGGUGGAAGUCUGGACAGACGAAAGGACGGGCACCACAGCUUGCAAGGCUACACAUCCGGCAGCCGUUCACUGGACUCAGCCGCUGAAAUUUAUCGGGCGAGACACGGCAGUCCAGCAAACAGUCGCAUCAUGCAGGUUAUGAAAGAAGUAGCCUUACAUGCAGGGUUGGAAAGCGAGUACAACCGCAAUCCAGGAAACCAAGGCGAAAAGGGUCAGUUGCGAGAUCCGCAAAGCAGACGUUUUCACAUGGGGUUUCAACCGCCGCCACAUGCCAUGAAGGGAAUAUAUGGUGCAAACGAACCAGGCCAUGGAUAUAAAAACGAGGGUGGUGGUAGUCGGUUGUCAAAGGGAGAGAACUCAGGUUCUGAGGACGAGCCUAUAAAUUACAGUAUGAAAUAUGACCCUGAUUCAUCUGAUAUGGUAGAAAUGCCGGAUAAAAAUGGACCUCCGAGAAACAAUCAGAACUUCCAUCCAGCUCUCAAUAAUAGACCAGUGCCAAAAGUGGGCAAUUAUGUUGGAUCUACAUUCACUGUCCAACAAGACAUGCCAAACAUGGUCAGAAACAAUUUCCCAGCACCCAAAAACGUUCAGGCUGAAAGGAACUAUUUCAACGACAAAACACCACAGCCUGCAAACACGAAAAAACUGAAUGCUUUGCAUGAAACUGACUUUGCCACUGACGACCAGCCCACAGACUACAGCAGAUUGUACGCUGAGCAUUCUGAUGAAGCGUUCACCUCGGAGCAAUCAGGGAGCUACCCACCCCACUUCAGGGACUGUGCAGAUUGUAAGCUGGAAGAGGCGCGCAGAACCAAUGACAUGCUAGAACAAAUGAUGGGAGAUGAUGACUGUGUGAGGACAUUCUACACAGAAGGUACGCCGCUGAAUUACAUGUCAACGGCAACAUCCAUGACAGACCUGAGUGCUCACCCCCAGAGAGCAGAUGCUACGAAGGCCGUCAUGAAUCAAGUCCCCGAAGACGAUGCCCAUGGUUAUGCCACUCAUUUCGAAAAGGACACCAACAACGAUGGCUUAUCGGAAAGCGUCCGAGAAGUUUACAAUGACACUGUCCAGGAGAGAACAGUGGUCGCUCCAGACUCAGAGGCCCAUAGUCCUUCAGAAAAGCCCAAGACUUACUGCGAAGAAGGCACACCCAUCUGCUUCUCAAGAGUUAGCUCCCUUAGCAGCCUCCACAGUGCUGAUGCAAGAGAUCGUCAUGAAGGACCUGGGAAGCAUGGAUGUGAACUUCAAAGCAUUGAGGAAGGGGAGACGGCCACCUAUGACUUAGGAGCUAAGAAGAUGGACAAAGCUGGAAAAGUGGACGGCAAAGACAACCACAACCUGAGUGCUGUGGAAUCGCCGGAGAAGGAACACAAAACCGUGACUUGGGAUGACAAUCACCAGGUCCAGGAGACGCCGCUGAUGUUCUCCAGGUGCAGCUCUCUGGGAUCUCUGAGCAGUUUUGAUGCCCACUCAGUUCAUAGUUCAGUCAUGAGUGACUACAGCCGUCGACCGAGUGGAAACGUUUCCCCAAGUGACCUACCUGACUCACCGAGCGAGACCAUGCCGCCAACACCGAGAUCAAAGUCCCCAUCCCGUAACAAUGGCACCAAAGAAACAGGGUCGGUGGAAAUGUCCAGCGAGGAGAACAAAACUGACACGGUCAAAGCGGCCGAGGCUGAGGAGAGACGGGAUGCCCAGAAGAGGACUGCUGAGCUGCAAAUAACGACAGAGCGAACAUCUCGUGAGGAGAACAUCCAAAUGGCCGAGGACCUUCACAGCUUGCCACAGGACGUGCCCGUGACUUAUGCCACAGAGGACACACCACUGAAUUUCUCGGAAACAACUAGUCUCAGUGGUCUGAGCAUUAGGAUGGAGGAGCCAGAAUUAGAGGCUGCUGCAGUGGCAGAAGAAGUGAAAACGCCGAAACCGUCAGACUGGAAGUCUCCACUAAAACUGCUAGAAGAAAGAGAAAAUGACAAUAAUUCAUCACUUUCUGAGGUGUCCGAAGGAGAAGAAGACAUCUUGGCUCAGUGCAUCAGCUCUGCCAUGCCAAACAACUCGAGCCGAAAAAUGAAGAAGAGUGCUUCUGACCAUGCUAUUAAGAAAAAAGUCGGCUUCUUCAAGAUUGAGAAUUUGAACCAGAACAAGUCAAGGCUUCCGACCAAAAUGAUUAACACAGGAAAACCACAUCCUGUGUCUCCGGGAAAGCUGAAGAAGCUGAACCAGUUGGAGAGAAAGGCGGCUCAACCUCACCCAGCCAUAGAGGGAGAGCCUGAUUCCGUCAAGUCCUACGCCACUGAAGGGACGCCAUUGAACUUUUCUCGUACCGGAUCUCUUAGCGAUCUAAGUGUUUGCACAGACACAUCUGAUCGGAAACCUCUGGAUCCGUUAGAGACGUUAGCUCACGAUGAAUCCAAGUCCGAUAACAGUUCCCUGAUGGAAGAUCAUGAUGACUUCUUGACGGAAGUGAUCCAAUCUGCUAUGCCUAAAGGGAAAAGCCCCAGAAAACCACCAACUGAUAGAAAAACAGAGGGCGGAGAAAACAAGGGACCGGGGACUAAAGGCUUUGCACCUCAGCAUCCGACAUCGGUGCAAAAUGUGCAUCGGGAUAGUGAAACCCAGUCUUUACUAGGGGGUGACACAGUCACAACAUUCGCCGUCGAGGGCACACCUAUUAACUUCUCCACUGCUACUUCUCUGAGUGAUUUGACAAUGGAUUCUGUGGAAGGCAUUGGAAGGAAGCUCUCUGAUCCAGAGGAAGGACCCACAAAGUCCAGCUCCGACAUGGUGCCUGUCAGCAUUGUCAGAAACAUGGCAUCCAGGCUUGAAGAUUCUGUUUUCCUAACAGAUGUUGCAGCAUGCGAUUCGCCAAGGGUAUAUGGAAUGGAAGGGACACCAAUGUCAUUUUCUCGUAAUGACUCCCUCAGCUCUCUUGGCUGCAUUGACGAUGAACAUGACACAAAGCCGUCACAGUCCGACCGUGAAUUGGUACCGGGGAGGAGUAAGCUUCCACGUAGGUCAAACACAAGAAGUCAGUCAAAAUUACCUACACCAUCCAAAUCCAUGAUACCAACUAGCGGUAUCAAGUCUGACUUACCUAGUUCAAUAUGUCACAGAGAAGUCGUUGGUCAGUCCAGCGAGGAGUCAAGUCAAGCCGAUACCUUACAUGAAAAAGACCAAACCAAAAAGUUUGAAGUGGAAGGCACGCCAUAUUGUUUUUCUCGCAAUUCUUCCCUCAGCUCUCUGCACACAGAUGAUAAUUUGACACGAGAUAACUCUGGAGACGGUGAUCAGCUCAAAGUUCCUGAAACGGAAGGUCAGCUGAGAGAUCAGCAAGCAGCUUUCAAGAUGGAAGGCACGCCUGUGUGCUUUUCAAGAAAUAGCUCACUAAGUUCACUAAGCAUUGAAUCGUCUCCCAACAUCCCAACACAGUUUGAGCAGGACUUGUUAGAAGAGUGCAUCAGUUCUGCCAUGCCUAAAGGAAAGUCUUCCAAACCGCCAAAAGUACCCUCACUACCUAGUGGCCUACCCAAACCUAGCUCAGCCUCCGGACCAAACCGAGAAAAGAUGCCACUUAAAUCACCCUUGCAUAUCAGGGCAGAGUUUGAUGCAGAUUUCGACACACCUGUUAAUAACAGAGAUAGACCAAGGGGAGGUCACUCAGAUGCGUUUUACAACAGCCCUGUGACACCUUGUCAGAACCAGCAAUCAAAUCAUGAUAGACUUACAAGCUGGCGUAAGCAGCCUCACAAGUCGUGCGAUGAAAUCUUCACCAGUAGUCCCUACCACGAGAACAAGUUUAGCUGGAGGCGAUCCCAUUCUCAAGACAGCGAAAAUUUUCUGAAGCAGAGGAAAGAUGUUUCGAAUUUCGAGAAAGCACAGAUUGCUCCAGAUCUUGAGAAUGACGAUGGCCGACAUGACAGCAGAUUUCGACGGCCCUUUCUUCCGACCAUGGAGGCAUUUCAGGCGGGUGUUCUGCCGAUGCAGGAUAACCGCAUGCUUGAGGAAAAACAGAAAGAAGAAAAAGUGAGUUCCAGAGCAAUGUCCUCUGUUGCGUCCCUUCAGAGAGAGUCAAGUAGCAGUGUGGAGAAAGUUGACAGUGAAAAGUCGGACAAAGAGGACAGCGAUGACUAUCAGCAUCUCGACAAUGUUAGUGUGAAGGACAAGGCUAGGAUAGAAGACAUCGCAAAAGGAAGAUAUCCAUCUGGAAGUGUUGACACAGACGAUGACCUUUUGGCAUCUAUGGAAGAUGCUCUGGGCGAAGCUGAAUCUGGAUCUAAUGAGACAACAUUUGACAAUGGUGGAAGCGGGGACACAUCAUGCUUGAAUGAGACAGUUAUCCACCGUCCAAAUUUAGAGUCAAACCGAGAAAAACAUGUUUCUGAAACAGAAGAAAUUGUUGCUGAUGACGUUCUCUCCCUAGAAGACGAGAAAGAGUUAGAGGCGAAUGCAAACAUUGUGGUGUCAGAGCUGUUUAUAGAGCGUGAAAUGUCCAGCAGCGCUUUGGAUGAGGACAUGUUUAUCGAGAAUGAGACAAUCUCAUUGGUAUCCAAUGGUUACAAUUCUGACACGGCAUCAGAGGUUUCGAUUUCAUGGUCAACAAGUUCAAAAACAAACUCUGAGCAAACAAGUGACUACACCCAGUCUAAUAACUCUCAGAGUGAGAACAGACUUGCCGUAGCAAAGGGACCUCGAAUCAGAAAGCCAUCAGAGAAGGAGCCUGUGGAUUCAACGCCAAAAGACGACACCCCAAGGGUCGUAAGAGGCCGACGAAAACCCUUGUAUCCUGGAAGUAAAGCCUCUUCGGUAUCAUCCACUAGAUCUUCCUCCGUCAAGUCUGAUUCAAGCUCAAAAAUCGGAAAACCCAGCACUAACUCUACAUUCAAAACACCAUGGAAUAAGACACCUCCAGGCGCCUCGGCCAAAAAGCUGUCUCCUAAAAGCCAGAGUCAGGCGACUGCUAGUGUUAAGGGAAGCCCGAGUAAAGUGUACAAAGGUAACCAGACCUCCAUGGCUAAGACCAACACGACCAAUAAUGCCAGAAAUACCCCGGCUAAAAUUUCUGGUCCCCAAUCCCGUCUUCCUACUGCAAACAGCUCCCAGAAGGACUCUCCAGGCAGCAAAGGAAAGGGCAAGCCUAGUCCUAAUGAAAGACCUAAGCCACCCAUUAAACAGGGUACAUUUGUCAAAGAAUCCUCUGCCGUUUCUCAGGGGAAAACCAAAUCAGAUGACAGUUGCAAUAAGUCUGGUUCAUCACCUGAUCCCUCGUCAGCUGUCAAGCUGCGAGAGAAGAAAUCAAGCAACAGUUCAUCAACAAAUAGAAAUUCUGGUGGGAGCUCCUCUGAAAGUCAGAGAAAUUCCGGAGGAAGCUCAGCGGAAGCCUGGGGUAAAGCUCUGGGAGAGUACAACUUCCUGGUGGACAAAUCUCAAGAGCAAGGAUAUCACGCCCCUUACGAGCAAAUUCAGAUGCAGAAGAAUGCCAAGGACUGCCCAGAAGUUCUCCGAAGGAAUAGUAGUAAUCUGACAAAAACUACAACCACGACAAUCACCGUGAAGAUUUCUGGUGGAAGUCCUUCGGGCAUAAGCAGGAUUGCGACCAGUAACAUGCGCAAGACAACCAGCAUGAGUCCAAGUCGAUGCGGGAGUUCUUCCGCUCUCAACAGGACCGGGAGUGCUGGAAGCCUGAAGAAAACUGGCAGCAGGAGCGACCUGAAAAAAUCAGACAGCAACGCCAGUUUGAAGAAAGGAAAUGUGAACUCAAGGCCUCCAACGCCAAGCGGAAGGUGGACUCCAACUUCUUUAAAUUUCAAUGGUAAAAAUGGCCAGAACUCUCCUGGCAGUACGCCAACCAAAAGGAACGAGUCGCCGAGCGGAGGUAAUGUCCGAAAAUCUGCUCCUGGCUCAAUCGGUAAAAAACAAGUCACCAGCAAAAUUGCCAGCCUGUGGAAGAAAGAAGAUGGCGGAAGUAGCUCUGGGAAUUCCUCUGACAAGUCACCACCAACUGACAGCAAAAUGCCACCGAAAGGUUCACGAGUUCCCACCAAGAAACCUGCGCUUCCGGUGAAACCUAAAAUCAGUCCUACAAAGGCUAGUCCCAAAGAUUCCCCACCCAGUGAACCAGCUGUACCGAGAGAAGGCCUAAGCAGGAGCUCAACUUAUGACAAAAUCAGCACUGCCUUCGAUGGGGCGCAGCCUACAGACGCGAGUACCACAGGCGGCACUCAAAAAGGCUGUUCUUGGAGGAAGGUACCCGUGGUGGACAGUCCUGCUAAUGACUCUACCAACAGUGACUCUUCACCACCUUCCAGAGACUCCAGUACCAGCAGGCUGAAUAGCAAUUGCAAGGAAAGUCUUCCAUUUAACUCUGGUACAUGGACAAAGACAAAGCCAGACACAAGCCCAGACACCAGUGUUCUGCCCGACGCCGAUGAGACGUUCGGUGGAACAGUCUGGCGAAGGUACGACAGUGACCAGGAAGAAAACGAUGACAGCGAGGUUUGGGUGAAGCAGAACGGUUCAAAAUUGGACACAGACACAGCUGCUAGCAAAGACCAAGAGAAAGCUGACACUUCUUGUGUGUCAAACUCAAGCUCUGUGUCUGAUGUUAGUCUCAGUGCUACUGCUAACGUGCACAUGACAUCCAAUACAAGUUUGAUAUCGAACACAAGCAUGAUGAAUACAUCCACAGCCAGCACCACUUCAGCUGCUCGACGUCUGGUCAGAAACUUUGCCUCGUCUUCUUUGAAAAGGGCGACCCUGAGCAACCCAGGGCCUGCAGGUUUAAAGUCCCCAGAACACUCUACCCCAGUGGAAAAUGGCAUAGAUGCUAAGAAGGCAGGCUGCACCAAAACUGACCUUGCAAAGAAGAACAUUGAAGGAAGGACUGGAACAACAGCUUCAGCUAUUGUGGCCCCGUUCAACUACAACCCCACGCCCAAUGCCCCUGCCACCAACCCCCCACUUGGUGACAAUGAGAAGACAUCAUUGAGCCCAGGAAAACGCUCUUUGAUUGGCUCGCCAACAAAACACCUGACCAAGACAGAGAUGCUUCUUGCAAGAAGAAGGUCAUAUUUGAACAGUGUGAAAAACGAAGAGAAUUCAGCUGGUGAAGGAGAGGAGAAGAAACGAACAUGUCUUGUGACCACUGUGUGAGAUAUUUCUUGUGACAAUUCAUUAAGAACAUUUUUGAAAAUUACAGAACUGUGACAGGCAUUGAGUAGAAACGAACCUAACUGUGUGAGACGGUGUAGAGAUGAAACACACCUGUUCACUGACAACUGUGCUAAACAUUUUUUGUGACAAUUUGUGAACUGUGUGCGACAAUGUAAAAAAGAAACAAUCAUGUCUUGUUACAUAUAUGUGAGACAUUUCUCGAGACAAUAGCAUCACGAACUGUGUGGUAUGGUGCAAGAGGGAACAAUGAGACAGUUACUCAAAACUCAAACAAAAAAUCCAUGCCAAAUUUGCUUGAGUGGUUACUGGUGUUUUGACUGGCUUUCACGUGAUGCAUUCAUCAUCAACACCAAGUAAGCUUUCGACCUGAAAAAUGAUAUGCGUUUGGAGAUAACAAAAAAGCAGCAUUUUCCUACCAGCAGCAGUUGCAUCAGUCCGAUGGUGUGAAAAACCUGGCAGAUUUGAAAUCCUCACAGCUUCCUGUGUCAGAUAAUUCCAUGGAAGGUUCAGGAGACCGACAGGAAAUGUCCUUCUUGUAAAAGGCGUCCUUAAAACAAGAAGAAAAAACAGCACCUUACCAGCAUCAAAGUGGAUGUAAUGGUGAGGGAAAUAAAGUGGAUAAUUGGUGCAGUUUGAAAGUAUGUGGUGAUUUGACAUUUGUGGUACACAGUUAAAUUAGGCCUUGUGCUCUGAUUCAUGUACAUGUAAACUCAUCCGCUGAGUAGCCGGUCUGAGAUGAGAACAUCAUCCACUUCUGUGUGCUGAGCAGCCGGUCUGAGAUGAGAACAUCAUCCACUUCUGUGUGCUGAGC